UGAUUCCACAAAUGACAUUGACAAAUAUCAGCUGUUGUUUGUUAUUUUCUGCUUGCUGGGAACGUCAUCGUUUACACAGCAAGUAAACACAGUAGAGAUUGAAACAAAGACCAAACAACUACAAGACAACAAUGGGUCGAAUUUACUUGGAACACAUGGGUGGCACUCGCCUCUUUUCCUGCGCUCGUUGUGAUACGAAUCUUACAAACCGUCAGGAAUUAAUCAGUACCAGAUUCACUGGAGCCACAGGCCGAGCAUUCCUCUUCAAUAAAGUGGUGAAUCUUACUUAUAGCGAAGUACAGGAUAGAGUUAUGCUCACAGGAAGACACAUGGUAAGAGAUGUUUCCUGCAAGUCCUGUGACACAAAACUAGGCUGGAUGUAUGAAUUUGCCACCGAAGAGAACCAGAGAUACAAAGAAGGCAGAGUUAUCUUGGAGAGAGCACUGGUAACUGAAACAGAUGGCAUGGAGGAGCGAAUUUUGUACAAUAAUGGCACAAAUCAAUAAUUAUUUACAAGUUUUUCAUCAUAACGGUCCCAAGGUGAUUCUCCCGUUGUUUUUGUUAUUUAUUUAUAAUCUGCUUUAAUUUCGACGCGAAUCUGUCUCACAGUGAGAUUUUUAUUUGAAAACAAACGUUUCUUACUUAUUUUUGUAUACCGCCAUCUUGAAAUUCAUUAGAAACUCAUAUUAUACUAAGGUAAACAUACUACACAUGUAAUAAAUGACUAGUUAAUGUCUUAAACAUUUUAA